CACGUUGGUGCAUCUUCGACUUCGAACCGCUCUUCCUCCAGUCCUUCUUCGCACCUGUGCUUCCGUAUUACGUUUCUCAGGUCUUGUGGAUUGAUUCGGCAUCAUGAGUAACCUUGUGGAUUUCAGCCAGUCCAGUUUCUGGAUUUCUGCAGCGUCAAUCGUGUUCAAUCCGACAUUCUGGAACAUCGCAGCGCGGCAAGAAUACCACAACAAAGUCAUAACGAAGCUCUUCGGCGGAAACUCGCGCCUAGGCUGCUAUGCGCUCGCCGUCACCAUCUUCUCGCUCGGCAUAUUUAGAGACUACCUCUACUCCGAAGCCCUUGCCGCCCAACCCACGCACCCAACCCUCCUCUCCCCCGCCAUCCACCUCUCCGCGAUCCCGCUCUUCCUCAGCGGCAACAUCCUCGUCCUAAGCUCCAUGUACGCGCUCGGCGUCACAGGAACCUACCUAGGCGACUACUUCGGCAUCCUGAUGGACGCGCCAGUCACCAGCUUCCCCUUCAACGUGACCGACGCACCCAUGUACCACGGUUCGGUCAUGUCCUUCCUCGCGACCGCAAUCUGGAAGGGAAAGCCCGCCGGCAUCGUACUGACGGGGCUGGUCGCGGUCAUGUAUACGAUUGCGAGACAGUACGAGGAUCCGUUUACGACUAUGAUCUAUCAGAAGAGGGAUGAGGAGAGGAAGAAGGGCGGAAAGAAGGCGCAGUAGACAAGCGGCUCGGCGAUGGAGACGAGAAUGGGGUCUGGUUGGCCCGCGGAGAGGAACAUUAAAGGCGGCGCAACUCCUACGACGGUUGAGCAAAGUAGGAUAACGGGACAGCACUCUUUGAGUUCGUUCCGGAUGGGCCAAGGUGCCUUUGAUUCAACAUAUCAGUCAUGCACAGCGACGGAGUUCAUGGGUUGCGGGUAUUCAACUGCCUCCGCACACAAGCCUUGCUACGGGCGCAAAAGUUAUUCGCUUCGCAUCUCUUUCUCUCAUCGUCUACUAUAGGUAGAUAGAUAUUACAGGCUUUAUUGCAC